AUAAAGAUACAAUUUUAAUAAUGAUUUUUCAUUGUCACCUAUUGCGUGCCAAGGCCGUGAGCGCCGCCGCCAUGGCAGGUCCGGGUAUUGGCCUCGCCGCUGGCAGAGGAAUCCCCACCGCUCACUCACUCAGGCCCAGCCCGGUCUCUCCGGCCCAGUCCGCAGCGUUGGUGGGCCUGCACCGGGCAUGAUGCAGCCGCAGAUCUCCCGUCCGCCGGUGCCUCGGCUUUAGGCUCCGCCCAUGACGUAUCCCGCGGCUCCGGUGAUCCGGCCACCUGCUAAGAUGCCGGGGUUUCCAGUUCAGGCUCCGCCUCCUCUGGUUUGGGGACCUCCGCCGCAGGUUCAGCCACCGCAAUUCGCUGCUCGGCCCGGUGGUGCGCAGCCGCAAUUUCCGGUUCCGCCGCAAUUCGCCCUGGAAUGCCCGUACCACAUCCGCCUCGUCCUGGAAUGCCAUCUCCACCUGGUGGUGCCGUUCCUAUGUUUGGACCACCACGCCCUGGAAUGCCUCCUCCGCCAAAUCCUCAAAACCAACAGAAAAAUCAGCAACGGUAUGUUAAAAGUGUUCUGCAUGUUUUCACUGUCUGCUGUCAUUUGCUGCCUCAGACUCAAUCACCAUUUUUAGUGGUUUGGACCAGUGCGAAUCAUUUUCUCUUCUUGUACUUGGGAUAUUGUUGAUGUUAUGCUACAAGAUAUUGUUAUGAUUUAGCACAGUAUGACCUAUAUGUUAGUACAACCCGAUGAUUAGAUCUUCAAUUAGUGCAAGUUGCCCGGUAUUUAUAUGCGACUCAGUCUUUAUCUUAUAUAAAAUUACAUUUGAGUUAUAUUAGAACGA